AAAAUGGCGUCCGAUUUGUAUUGCAUUUGUCGUAAACCUUAUGACUAUUUGCAGUUCAUGAUCCAAUGCGAUGUUUGCGAUGAUUGGUUUCAUGGAAGUUGUGUAGGCAUAGAAGAGUAUCAGGCGAACGAUAUUGAAAGAUACCAUUGUCCAAGAUGUGCUCCACGAAAUGGUCCUCUAACAUUGAAAAAGCAACAAAAUUUACAUCGACAUGACUAUAGUGAUGACAAUGCACAUUGCAAAGCUGUUCAAGCUGGAACUGUUGUAUUCAUAAAGCAAUUGAAGAACAAACAGUUUUCAAGUCCUGAGAACAUUCUAUUAAAGUGUCAAGGGAAAGAACUGACAUUAGAUUACUUGGCGAAGAAAGGUUAUCGGAAACCUAUCCUGGUUGAGUCUAAGGAUGGUCUUGGGCUGGUUGUACCAAAGCCUACUUUUUCAAUCCGGGAUGUACAGCAAUAUAUUGGUGCCAAUUUUGAACUAGAUAUUAUUGAUGUAGCUAGACAGUCACAAAUGCCUUUGGUACCUGAACAGGGUGAUGUGAAAAUGAAGAUGUGUGAUUGGACAGCCUACUUCAUAAGCACUAAACGUCAGAAAACACUUAAUGUUAUCAGUCUAGAAUUCUCUCGAACAAGUUUAUCUCAGUUGGUUCAUGCACCCAGGGUUGUUCGUGAAGUUGACUGGGUUAACCGCUUUUGGCCAGAACAUGGUGAUGGUGUUGAUGAAAGUCCAACCCAUCCAAAACCAUAUGUACAGAAGUAUUGUUUGAUGGGAGUCAAAGAUUCCUAUACUGACUUUCAUGUAGACUUUGGUGGCUCAUCUGUUUGGUAUCAUGUCUUGUGGGGUGAAAAAGUCUUUUACUUUGCCGAGCCAACGGAGACAAAUCUUAAUCUUUAUGAGAAAUGGACAGCUUCAUCAAACCAGAGUGAGAUGUUUUUUGCUGACCUAAUUACAAGAUGUUAUAGAGUUCAUGUAAAGGCUGGUCAAACAUUAUUCAUUCCCUCAGGUUGGAUUCACGCUGUGUACACUAGCGAAGACUCAUUGGUGUUUGGUGGGAAUUUUCUCCACUCCUAUAAUAUUGGAUUGCAACUCAAUGUCUACGAUAUGGAGUUGAGAUUAAAGACUCCAACCAAGUAUUUGUUUUCCUCUUUCGAGACCGUUCAUUGGUAUGCGGCAGCAGGCCUUAUUGAUGAAUUAAAAAAUCUUGACGACUCUGGUGAAAAGAAACCCCAGUUUCUUAUUGAAGGCAUCCAUAUUUUGUUGAAUAAAUUAAGAUCGUGGGUCACUAAGAAAGAUGGUUCAUUUGACAAACACAAGAUGUUCCUUCCAGAAGGAAUGGAUUACAACAAAGUUAUCAAAUCACUGUCGAAGGAAUUGAAACAGGCAGAAAAGCCGUGUGUCGUUGUCCACGAACAAAAACCAGUGAUCAAAAUUAAAAAACCAACGCCCAAAACUACUGCGUCUAAGAAACCAGAAUCGCGAAAGAAGAGUGAAAAAAAUGAGUCCAGAAAUCAGAAGAAAAGUGUAGAAAAAACUGCAGAAAAAGCUCCGCUUAAACUUAAAAUAUCAAAGAAUAAAGAAACGGAAUUAUCACGUAAAAAGUCGCCGGAAAAUCUCAAAUUGGUCGUAUCGAAUGGGAAAAUCGUUAGUGGAAGCAGGAAGAAGCAAACGUCGUCAGCACAUGAGGUUGUUAAGGAUUCAAAAGAUGACGAGCAAUCAACGAAUUCUUCUUACUCAUGUCAACAGUCACAAGAACAGCCACUCAGAUUGACGUUGUCAGCCAACGGGCGAGAAGAAUCCGAUGAUGAUGUCAAUGUCGAUGACUUAUACCCUUCAUUCCCACCAGCCAAUGGUUUGCCAAUACAGCAGCAGUUACAAGCAUUAUACAGCAGUAGAGGUCAAACUACCGCAAGCACGUCUAAAACUACCACCAGCACACGACACCACCCUCCUGUCUCGAUAUCAAUGCCAAGAUAUUCCAGUGAUGAACAGUCACCGGAGAAGUACACGUCUGUUGAGAACGGUAGAAGGAGAUCCAGAUUAAACAGUCCCGCAGAAGAUGAAGAAGAUAUCCUGAACAAAUUCCCCAGUGAUCCCGACUACGUUUAUCCAACGAUAGAAGACGAUGAAACACCUGGGAAGGUGAAAUGGAAACCCGGUAUGAAAAAGAAGAAAAGCGAACGAGUAGAUGCGACGUGGAAUCCUAAAGGUCGCGUGCCUCACUCACCAGUUACGUCAACGUCACGGCCUGUUAGACAGAUAUCGCGGAAACCAGACUAUGAGAUGAAUUCAUCGACAAAUAAUAACAUUAACGAACUCAAGUCUCCUAGAACGUCAUCAGAAUCUGAAGGUAGCUCAAGCAAACAGGGUAGAGCCCCUUUAAGACCGUCUGGUGCCGGUAAUCAAGCUGAAGGGGAUAAAGGUAAUUCGUCAAAGCGUGGUCGUCGACCUGUGCAACUCACAACAAAGCAAAGACUUGCAAAGAAAUUAAAACUUGACAAAGGUGGAAUGUUUAUGAGAUAGAAAUUAUUAUAGGCGAUGUGGUAGCUCUAUUUAUUUUAUUCAUUUGGCAGGGUGAACUGUGUGUGUAUGUGUCCUAAAGUAUCUGUAGCUAUAGAUAGAUAGAUAUGUUUGAACGUCAAGAGACGAGGCCACGCAAGUGAGUACACAACGCUUACGUUGUUCAUUAAUUCUGGCGUCUUUCAAAGCGUUUCCAAACGUCACCAUCGGCACCUUAUAUGUAUAUUUCCACAACACAUGAAGCUUAAUAUUGUAAACACGUUCGUUGUAUUCUUAACCCACCUCGCACUUUUUGGCACGAUACUGAAAUGUUCGAUCACGUUAUUUAUAUAUGAAGAUUCCAGGUGUCUUCAACCCGUUGGUAUAGGCAGUACGCUUAACUUCUCAGCAUGUUUUUCAAAGUGGCAUACUCUGCCCCUUUUUUUGUACAGACAGAACACCGUUCAUACAAUUUCUUCAAACUCAGUUUAGUAUAGUUGGACGGGAUGAAUUGAAGACCUUCUAUUUUUAUCAAUAUCAUGUUUUUAUUCGCAACGACAAUAACUCUAAAAUUGGUUUUGUAUUGUAAAUAUUUGGGUAAAAGUGUAUCCAUAUUCGCUUCGACCUUCGAUAUUUAUAUUUUCUUAAAAUUCACUUCACAUAUUUUACUAUUCCUAUACCAUAUAUAUUUUUAAUAUCGAGCUGAGCAUUUUUCCAAGAGCAUAUGUAGUUUUGAGCUUGCAUGUAAUACAUGCUCAGAGAAAAAUACACAGCAAAUUUUUUCUAAUAUUAUGUCAUUACGAUUUCCUUGUUAGCAGUUCUAGGGCUAUGCAGGUAUUUUCAUUUGGAUGCAUUUGAACUAUUCAGGGGUCGAGCGAAUAUGGUGUAUAUGUAUAGUCAGUGGCAUUAAUGCUGUAAGCUUGCAGUUAAUAUAUUGUAUAGAAUGAUAAUAGCGUUCGCAAUGAAAGAAUGUAUACAAUUGAUAGUUGUUACACGAUUGAAAAUGUUAGUCUUUUUAAAUAUAUUUACAAAUAAUA